AAGAAACAGAAGGACAGAGAGAGAGAGAGAGAGAGAGAGCGAGAGAGAGAGAGAGACGCAGAGCUGAAGAAGUACAUUUUGUGCAAUACAGUCUUCAUCAACUGAAGUAAGAAGACGUUGAAUGCAACAGUGAAUGCUACAGACAGUAUGGCGUCUAGCAGCUGCGACGAUCUGCAAUCUGAGCCAACUAUUAAUCCAACUCAGACUGAAACAGAGAAGAAGAUCUUUUUCCCUUGUUCAGAGUGUGGAAAGGAUUUUACCACACAAGCCGGACUCAAACAUCACCAACUCCUCCAUACAGGAGAGAAGCCGUAUAUCUGUUUAGAGUGCGGGAAGAGUUUCGCUCAAAAGACCGGCCUCAAAAAGCACCAGCUCGUCCACACAGGAGAGAAGGUGUACAGCUGCCUGGACUGUGGGAAGGGUUUUACGCGGAAGUACGUUCUCGACCGACAUCAGCGCAUUCACAAAGGAGACCGGCCGUACGACUGCUCAGAGUGUGGGAAGACGUUUACAGAUCCAAGUAAUUUAAAAGCACACCUUCGCCUUCACACCGGCCAGAAGCCGUUUUCCUGCUCAGAGUGCGGGAAGAGAUUCAAUACGCAGAAUAACCUCCAAAGACACGUCCGCGUUCACACUGGAGAGAAACCGUACUCCUGCCCAGAGUGUGGGAGGAGUUUUACCACACAGAGUAACCUCAUACAGCAUCAGCUCAUUCACACCGGAGAGAAAUAUAUCUGCUCAGACUGUGGGAGAACUUUUACUCUACCUAGUAAUCUCAGAAAGCACCAGCGUCUUCACACAGGAGAUAAACCGUUCUGCUGCUCAGAGUGCGGGAAGAGCUUUCGCCAACACUGUCAGCUCUUAGCACACCAGAGAAUUCACACCGGAGAGAAACCGUACUUGUGCUCUGAGUGUGGGGAGAGCUUCAGGAAAUUACGACUCUAUAACGAACAUGAAUGCAGCAGGAGUUUAACCAGCCUUUUAGUGCAAUAUAUUUUUCUUUUUCUCUUCCAGAAGUACAAAGAUUGCAUUGACCCACACAAACACAUCAUGGAUGUUAAAUGCGAGAGUGUGGCAUCAAGCAGUUGUGAGACUCUCCAGUCAGAUACUGUUCAACAAGCGCCGAACAAUACUGUGAAAAAGGAAAUUCUCCAGUGCUCAGAUUGCGGCAAAGGUUUUACAACAGAAAGUGGCCUAAAAAACCAUCAGCUCAUACACACUGGUGAGAAGCCGUACAGCUGCACAGAGUGUGGGAAGAGUUUCGCUGACAAUACCAGCUUUAAAAGACAUCAGCUCGUUCACACCGGCGCAAAGCCGUAUACCUGCUCGGAGUGCGGGAAGACUUUCCGUCAUCAAAACCACUUCCAAGCCCACCAGCGCCUUCACGCAGGAGAGAAGCCCUUUUCCUGUUUAGACUGUGGGAAGACUUUCAACACUCAGAGUAAUCUCCAAACGCACUUGCGUGUUCACACUGGAGAGAAACCGUACUCAUGCUCGGUUUGCGGGAAGAGUUUCGCUCAACAUAGCAGCCUCAAAACUCACCAGCUUCUUCACACAGGAGAGAAACCGUUCUCUUGCACGGAGUGCGGGAAGAGCUUUACGCAGAAAAGCGUGCUCGAACGACACAAGCUUAUUCAUUCCGGAGAGAAGCGCUACGACUGUUCAGAGUGUGGGAAGAGUUUUACGGAUGUGAGUAAUUUCCAAACGCACCAGCGACUCCACACUGGAGAGAAGCCGUAUUCCUGUUUAGAGUGCGGGAAGAGAUUUAACGCUCAGAGUCAUCUCCAAACUCAUUUGCGCGUUCACACUGGAGAGAAACCGUAUUCCUGCUCAGAGUGCGGGAAGAGCUUUGCUCAACAGAUUAAUCUCAGAAACCACCAGCGAAUUCACACUGGAGAGAAACCAUUCCCCUGCCCAGACUGUGGAAAGAGCUUUACACGUAAGUACGUUCUCGAACGGCAUCGUCUCGGCCAUACAGGAGAAAAGCGAUACGACUGCUCAGAAUGUGGAAUGAGCUUUACUGAUCUAAGCGAAUUCCAAUCACACCGGCGUCUUCACAUAGGACUGAAGCCGUAUUCCUGCUUAGAGUGCGGAAAGAGAUUCAACACUGAGGAUGACCUACAAAAACACCUGCAUGUUCACACAGGAGAGAAACCCUAUCCCUGCACAGUGUGCGGGAAGACCUUCGCUCAACCGGUUAAUCUCAGAAACCACCUACGAAUCCACACAGGAGAGAAACCGUUCUCCUGCUCAGACUGUGGGAGGUGUUUCACCAGCCAGAGUAACCUCCUACAGCACCAGCGUGUCCAUUCAGGAGAGAGAUACAUCUGCAUAGAGUGUGGGAGGAGCUUUACUUUACCUAGUAAUCUCAGAAAGCACCAGCGUCUUCAUACAGGAGAUAAACCGUUCUGCUGCUCAGAGUGCGGGAAGAGCUUUCGCCAGCACUGUCAACUCCUAGCGCACCAGCGCACUCACACUGAAGAGAAGUAUAUCUGUCCAGUUUGUGGGAAGAGCUUCAAGCAGUUGAGCUCUAUUGAAACGCACAAAUGCACAAGCAAUCCAGUUGAUUUUACCUUGUGAAAAGCUUGCAAUUGUAGUCAUUUAAACUUUUUUGUAUGAUUAUAUAUUAUCUCUGUAGCAAUCAUGCCGUAAUGGCUUUAAAUCUCCAUUCCUUUGGAUUAUUAUUUAUGAGCAAUGAAAUGAUGAUAAUGACUACACAAGGUUUGAGAAGGUUUGAGCAAGGACAACAAGAAAAAACAUUUACUAAUUAUAUGUCCGGGAGAUCUGUGUACUCCGUGUACAGUUAAAUAAAGAGAUUCCUGUUAAUCCAUUGUAAAAAAACAAAAAAAAAAAAUAUGGAUUUUUCCUCAGAUUAGGGGACAUUCCAAACAUGUAUUACAUCUAUUUCAAUACAUCUACAACACACUACAACUGCAAGACAAGAUGCAACACUAAUGCCUGCCAAGGGCCGAAAAUAUUGGUGGAACACUAAAAUCGAUUGUAGAUAUCAACGUGGACACGUGCAAAUAUCAUUCUAUGCUUAUACUAUUUUCCAUUGCAUUGCAUUGGUGGAAAAUAUUGACUAUAUGAUAUAACUGUUUUUAGAAAAUCAUGUGUUCUUGUCUGUUCUGUUCUUUUAAUAUGACCUCAGACUGUUUUAAGUUUGAUACCCAGAUUGGAAAGCAGUGGUUUCCAAACCUCCACCUGGGCCUCAUGUACUUAAGGUGCGUACGCACAAAAACAUUGCGUACGCCAUAUUUCACGCUUCACUGCACUUUUAUUUCAGGCGUACGUUUUUUUUUUUGGUACGUAUGUAUUGUGUUUUUGUCAUUUGGCGACACUUAGAGGCGAUGCAUUAAAAUUACAACUAAGUUAUCCUUUACUCACAGAUUGUAGUAAGCCAGGGGUGUCCAAACUUUUUUUGUUGGGGGCCAGAAGGAGAAAUAUAUUUGAAGUCACGGGCCACAGACUCUGUAAUAAACCAAAUAAUAAAAUAUACCAUUUUAAAUAAUACAUUUUCCUGAUUAUUUCAUUUGCACACCAUUUUACUUGACUUACUAUCUUUAUCUAUUGUUGACAGUGUUGUGUAAACUAAGAUUUUUCAAAUUGAUAUUUCAUUUCAUGAUGUCUCUUAAUAUUAAACUCCUUAAUUACUUAAGCAACUUUUAGACUCAUUUGCCCUUUUUCUGUGCUAAAACUGCGCACUCUCUUUGCUUUUAGACACUUUGGGCGUUUUUUUUUUUUGCGCUAGAAAUGCGCACCCUCUCCGCUUUUAGACUCUUUGGCCCCAUUUUUCUGCACUAGAAAUGCGCACUCUCUCCUCUUUUAGACUCUUUUCCUAGCAUUCAAACUUUGAAUCUCACCUUAUAAAAACCUGCUUAACAGCGGGCCAACUUUCAUUCUAUUUCUAAAAUACCUCGCGGGCCGCUCCAAAAAAGAAAACGGGCCGCAAAUGGACAGUAGUUUGGACACCCCUGUAGUAAGCCAUUAUUGGAUAAAAUAUAGUACAUUAUUUAGACAAUUAAUAAGAAAAAUUAAUCAGACAAUUUCAUUGGCUUACUGAAAUAAUCAUUCAACGUGUUUCCACUUAGCCUAGAUUAUAUAAACAUGAAUAAAAUGUUGAGCUGGAGUUGUUGGAGAUGGCGGCGUUGGCAUUAUUGAAAGAUAUUGCUAAUGGCCAAGUUCAUCAAGAGCGUGUUUUCCGUCACCAUUAUGGUUUUUUGGCCCGUGAUAAUGACUGGCUUAUAAACCGUUUCAGAUUUCCAAGAGCAUGGUUGGGUUGGGAUAAGGUUACAAGUUGAGUGCGUGACUGAUGGCUUAAAUAGCAACAAAUUUAAAGCAUUUAAAUGAAAGCAUUUAUUAUCCAGCUUGGAAUAAUUAAUUUAAAAUGUGGGUAAUUAUUAAAUUACUUAGAAGACAAUGGCUACGCCACACGCCUUGCAACACUUUCUUGAUGGGCAUAUUAUACUCUAGCAUAUUAUUAUUAUUAUUAUUAUUAUGAUUAUAACAUUAUACUCUGCGUAAUUGAGGGAGGAGUCAUGGUGGGAUUCUUCCUACGCACAGUUUGAUACAUCCAGAUUUUUUUUUGUGCGUACGGAACAAUUUAGUAGGAAGUCCACGCAAGUCUUAGUACAUGAGGCCCUUGGUCCGCUACCUUUCUGCUGAUUUCAACAUAAAAACUCAAUGUGUAAAAAAAAAAAACAAUUUAAAUCAAAGUUUCUGGAAGGCAGAAGAUAUAUAUAUAUAUAUAUAUAUUUUUUUUUUGUUUGUUUUGUUUUGUUUUGAUCCAACACCAAUAUGCAUUAGAGAAUUGUUGGAUGUUCUUUGUUUUAAUGUAUCAUAUACAAAUCAUUUGUCUGGAAUCCUCUUUAUCUUUUCAUUUAUAUUCUUCUAUUCAUUCGUUAUUUUUUCUGUGCGUUAUCCUAAAAAACAACACUGCUUUGAAAAUCGACACUUUUAAGUUGGAGUUACUGCUCAAUAUAGAGAGUAAUGUUCUAUCUACGUUUUUUUAAUAUAUAUAUUUGUUUUUUCACUGAUUGCUGUUAAGGUGGUAAACAGCUGUGGUCCAUCUGAUCCUCCGCUAUAACAGAUUAGCUUGCGGUAACAUGACAGUGUGGGAAGAGCUAUCUCAGAUACUUACUGCUUUGAUAGCCCAGCCUUAAAUACAACACGUAUGAAUAAGUAUGAAUGUGAGACUUGAAUGUUUAAAUAAUUAAAAUGCCCAUUCCUUUUACACUAGUUACCUAGCUGUGGUUAGCAAACCUUUGCUGAAGCUAAGUGCUUACUUGCUGAGGAGAAAUUAGCCAGCUUAGCUUUAGCAUCUUUCUUCUGGGCUUUUAAACAAAGUCUCCCAUCACAUUGUUUUGCCUGAUAUUGUGUUAUAUACCUGGCAACCUGGGGUGUGGAAAACACAAACAAGAUUUCCAUAAUAUAUUAUAUAUUAUGAGUUACUGCAAAAAAUAUAAUCCUUAUAGGUUCUUUAACAGUCCAAUCUCUGGUUGCUUUUGGCAUGAUGACGUAUGUCGCUGUAAAGGGUUAUUUAUUAGAAUUUGCCAAUCAUAUGUAAUAAUACAAGGUGCAAUUAACCAUAGGCAAUGUGUGAUGAAUACUAAUUAAAAAAAUACUUUUAAAUAAUAUUGACAUGACAUGUAAACUGCUUUAGGGUUAUGAAUGUUGUUAAUAAAUAUAAUUAUACUGUUGUGUCCCA